AUGGCAACCGCCAAGAAAAAGGUGUCAAUGGGGGGAGUCGAUUCUAAAAUCCAAUUCGAACUCAACCACCCGCCAACUUCCCAAUGGUUCAAAUUACAGGAACAGUUCAAGAAACAACAGAUCACACUGGAGCCCUUCACAGCAAACAUACACAAGGACCAACACAACCAAAUGGGCAUGAUUCAACAAUGCGAACGGUUCAUUCAGCUGCUCAUACAAUACACCUCGGAAAGAACACCCCCUGACGUUCUACGAUGGCAGGAGAUCCUCCCCGACCUGAGCAGACAGAAACGAGAGAUUCUGCCCACGAAAGAAUCUGAUUCGGCCGCCUACAAAGAAUUUAAACCGUUUGUGAUUUUCGUGGGAAGAAUGGUCAUCACCAACCCGUCAGUUUUCGGCAAGGACUUCACCCCCAUGGGCAACACAGGCACCAUUGAUGAAACCAACAUUAGCCAACUAUGGCUGGCAACACAGUAUCGGUAUGGCAGCAACUGGCAAUUGUAUGUGCAAAACAUCAAAUGGGAUAGGAUUCAGAACAAAGACGCAAAAACCAUUGAGCGUCCUCCAAUCUCUAGCUACAAGCCACCUCGCACCAAUCCCAACCAAAUAGCCAAAAACAAAAUGCGGCCAAUGAAUCAUGUCACCUACUUUGAGAUCCAAACCACCUGCCAAGGCCCAGCAGACGCCAGCGAGAGGAACUCGAUAGCACAAACAAGGACUGCAAAAUUCCUAGAUGUACUUCUCUAUGGCGUGAACACAGGGGACAAAGAUGCUCGAGUAGUGCACAUCGAUCCAAAAAAAGUCAAGGACACAGCCACUGAAACGUCCUUUGGGGUCCUUAUCAGCAAGCAGAAGAUAACCCCCAUCGGAGAAUGGAAAAGAAAUUCAGUCGAAAUCAACAGCGAACAGCCACUUUCCAGGAUGU